UGACGACUAUCAAAUGAUAAGGGAAAUUUAAUAAUAAUAGUUAAUAGUGGACAUGGGUCAGUGACUGCUAAAGUUCAUGAUAAUACAAGUAGGUGCGUACUGCGUAAUGUAGGUAUGAACUUUAUCGGCAAGUUCGUUAUAGCACUACCUAUCUAUAUAAAAUAUGUAGGUAUGACUGAAAUAUUUAUCGGAGCAUUGUUUUCGAUUAUAUUACCUUACUGCCGUAUAACUAUUUGUAAUUUGAUAAACAUAAUAUUUCGAAUUUUAGUUAUUAAUCACUAAUCAGUAUUUAUUUUCCUAUUCACAAUAACCUAUCAUUAGUAUUGUAGUAUCACUUCAAAAUCGGCAAAGCCACAUUUUUGGUACAGUUCGUUGACCGUUUCGAUAAUACAAACCAUAUAAUCUCGUUUUUAUUAAGUUCAAAUUAAAUACCGGUUACUCUGUUAUUUGUUGGUAGUUAUUUCUCGUGACUUAAAUAAUUAUCAUCAUGUUCUAUUUGGAAGAUUUUCUGGAAAAACUUGAACUCUUACCGCAAGAGAUAAAAAAUCGCACUGCAGAAAUUGGAAAACUGGAUUUGCAAGUCGAAAAUUCUAUGAACCGUAUAAAAAAUAACGUAGACACUUUAUUUUCAAAAGCUGACACUAUGAAUUCAGAUGAUUUGAAGGAUAAAUUUAAAGCACUUAUGAAAGAAGGUGACAAAUCUCUUAAACAAUCUGACUCAAAAAUACAGAUUGCUAAUGAUAUGCAAAAUCUCAUAUUAAAAUACAUUAAACGACUGGAUCUUGAGUUACAUGGAUUUAAAACUGAAUUGGAAGCUGAUAAAAGUGGAAUCACUCAACUUAUUGAAAAAAGAAUUUUAGAUUCAGAUCAAAGCAAUUCAUCCAAUCAUAAAGAGAAUAAUUAUGAAACAAAUAGAUGUCUUUUUGGAGAAAUAGAAGAAGUCUUAAAUAAUGUCAGCAGUGUAGAUCAAAAAUUUAUUAAAGUAGCUUCUGAUGCAUCUAGUAGUGAAGAAUUAGUAUCUUAUUUUCAACCUGAUACAAGUCCUGUUAAUUCUCAAAUGGCUCCAUUUCCAUUAUCCUUCACGAUGGGAUCUGGCUGCUCAGAAAUUUCAUCAGUUAAGUCUGAAGCUAUUGUUUCUUCUCAAAAGCUGUCUUGUGGGCGUAAGUCAACUAGUUUAAAAGCAUCCUUUAAUGCAAUUAAUUAUGACCUAAUUAAAGAUCAAUCAGAUUUUUUAUCAAAAGAAUUUUCUAUUAGUAAAGAAAUUACACAAUUAAUUAAAUCUAGUUGUAAACAAACAAAAAAAAAUAAAAAACUUGGAAGAGAAAUUGUAUGUAAAGAAAUAUCAAUUCAUAGAAAUGAACUAAUCGAUCCUAAUGAACCUCAAUACUGUUUAUGUAAUCAAAUAGCUUAUGGUACAAUGGUGGCUUGUGAUAAUAAUAAGUGCCCACAUGAAUGGUUUCAUUAUGAAUGCGUUGGUAUUAUAAAUCCACCUAAUGGAAAGUGGUAUUGUCCUAAGUGCAUUAUCAAUAUGAAGAGAAAAAGAUAAAUAGGUACUACGUUCGACCACAUUAUUUGUUUGUUAUGUUUUACAAUAGCUUUAUAAUAUUAUAUAUUAUGCUUGCUCAUAUUAAUAUUUUUUAAUAUAGUUGUUCCCAUUCUAUAUUGUAGGAAUAUUUGACUACAAACAAAAUAUACAUUUUUGAAAUCAA